AUGUUCCAGCAUCAUGCAAACGAAGAAGAGUUUCUUGCAGCCUGCAAGAACAAGGAUUCUCGCUUCCUUCUUCCUGGAUAUGGCCGACCAUUAGACUUUGCCCCAUUAGAGAAGAACAUCUAUGGCGUGGAAAGUCGGAGCAUGUUUCCAUCCGCCCUGGACGACAGGGAUAUCAAGAAUGGAUUCACAGAACUGCCUGUUCAGACACUUCGCGAGAUCUACAUGGUCCGCGUCAUGGAAGACUUGACUGAUAUCCCUGAAUGGUGGAAGAAGGUCUACGAUCCUGGUAUUCAAGAGGAUUGGAAACAGAUGGCAUUAAACAGUGGUGUCGACAUUACCCCCAACAUGACCAACUGGAUCAUAGACGAGCUCAAAUUCAAGGCCAUGAUCUACGAAAUGACCCAAGCUGUCGGUUUGUAUAACGGGGACAUGACCAAGUCCGAUACAAACAUUCCCACUCCACUCCUUGCAAGAUUGCAGAAAGAGACCCAGCUUCUGGAUUACACUCACCCGGAGCUGCAAUUCUUCCUUCCAGAAACCAUGCGAAAGGAACGCGAUCUCCUGGCCAUGGCAUUGUACCCUCUCGUAUACGGCAAAACUCGCAUCCUAUCAGACACGAUUAUCGGGUUGGAUGACGCGUUGCGACACGCUGGUCAGGGUGAAGUGAUUGAGGCACCCAAAGAGACGGGCAUCACUCGUGAAGACAUGUCCUGGCGAGUAGCAGCACGAUCUGAUAUUCGGGUCAGACCGUUUAGUCGGAACUUCCAGGCUCUGCCAGCGGAUCUGGAGCUGGGUGACGAUGACCGCUGGCAUAUUGUUUCCUACAUCAACAAUCUGCACCCAGUGAAACAUCGCAACAUCUACAAAAUCAUCGAGGAAGCAUUCAACUGCGUAGUCCCACAGUUCAACAUGACCAUGACCCCGCUCAAGGAUAUGUUGCAUUCGCGCGCGAGAAUCGAAUACCACAAGGCUGAAUAUCAUCCCAUCUCCAAGUCGGCUCUUGAUAAAGAGCCGCAAUCCAGACCUAAAGAGGCGCAGAGCGAAUUCGAGGAGCAAUAUGAGAACUGGAGACAUGAGAACUUCAAAGCCGUUCAGCCUGAUGUUGGCAUCUUUAUUCCUUGGGCUGUACCUCCGGGCUUGAUGAGAAAGCUCCCCGAGGACCUGCCCAGCGCUGUGCGCAUCGAACGAGGAGUCUCACUCAACAAGGACUACAAGGACCGCGGCCUACAGGUCAUUGUACGCAUUCUCGGUGUAGAUCUCGAACCGGCAGACCCCUGUUUCCAAACCGAUUGGCACACCGAAGGUCAAAUGGUAAAUUACAACGAAUUCUAUCAAACCCCUUUGGUGAACAACUCUAACAACACAACGCAGAACGAACACGUUUCCGCCGCUGCAUUCCUCCUCUACGACAAUGAGAACAUGGAAGAUCCCAUCAUGGAAUUCCGCAACAUCGUCGAAACCGGAACCCUCGGCGAAGUCGACCACGAACCGGACGACUUCAUCUGGCUAAAGCAAGUCUUCGGCCUAGUAAACGGCGAACCCGCAGUCCAAUGCCCAGGCUCCAUCAAAUGCACCGUAGGUCGCACGGUGAUAUUCCCCAGUACCGUGCAGCAUCGCUUGACUCAUUUCGAGCUGAAAGACAAGUCAAAGCCUGGCUACACGCGUGCUCUUGCGUUCUUCUUGGUCGAUCCCAAUAUCCGGAUUAUCUCCACGGCCAAUAUUCCACCGCAGAGACUGGACUGGACGCUUGAUAUUAAAGCAGAGGACGAGAAUUUGAAGUCUAUCAUGGCGAGUCUGGCGCUGGAUAAUAAGGAUAAGAAGGGGCCGAUGCCGAUGUCGUUAACUGAGGCGUUGGAGUUAAGAUAUAAGUUUUUGGAGGAAAUUAUUGAGUUUACUAAGUAUCAGCAUGUUGCGUUUGAGUCGCCGCUCGUGAUGCUUUGA